AUGGCGCCAUCACGAACAGAUGACUUGGGCUCAAGGAAGCCCCGUGUCGUAGCACUCGGCACCCCAAAAUAUGUCGGCGACGACUAUCUCGCCGAUUUCAAAACCGAGUUUGAUUAUUCCGUUCUCGAGGCCACAGACCGCGCGGAAACGAUAGCCAUGCUGCCAGAGGAUAUCGAUAAGAACGGACCCAUCGAUGCGUUCAUCAUCCGCAUGGGCACGCCGCCGUACGAGCCUUUCGACCAGGGUCUCUUGAGCGCACUGGCGCCGAAUUGCAAGAUCAUCACGUCCGCCAGCGCUGGAUAUAACGAGUUUGACGUGGAGUGGAUGGCCUCGGAGGGCAUCUGGUUCUGCAACACGGUCGACGCCGUGGCUGAGUCGACGGCAGAUAUGGCCUUGUUCCUGACGCUGGCUGUUCUGCGCAACACAAGCAAUGCCGAGAAGAGCGCAAAGGCCGGCACGUGGAGAGCGGUUCCGGGGCUCGUUCCUGGGAGAGAUCCUUCCGGCUUGACUUUGGGCAUCGUCGGGAUGGGGGCCAUUGGCAAGUACCUCGCGAAGAAAGCAGCCGUCUUCAACCUCAAGAUCAGAUACCACAACCGCCACCAGCUUCCCGCCGAAGAGGAGGCGAAGUACAACGCGGUAUACUCCCCAACACUAGAGGACCUUCUCGGCAAGUCCGACAUCGUGUCACUCAACUGCCCGCUCAACGACAAGACGACUGGUCUGAUUGGUCCCGCGGAGUUCGCAGCGAUGAAAGACGGUGUAUUUGUUGUCAACACUGCUCGCGGGCCCGUCAUCAACGAAGCGGCUCUUAAGGACGCCCUCGACUCUGGCAAGGUGGCGCGCGCUGGUCUCGACGUCUUCUGCGACGAGCCGAAGCCCGACAUGGCUUUGGUGCAGCACGAUAACGUUAUUGCGCAACCUCAUCUUGGUGGUCUCACAGAUAUGGCUUUCCAGAAGGCCGAGAGGGAAUGUUUUGAGAAUAUCCGGGCUUUGUUUAAGAGUGGGAAACCGAAUUCUCCUGUCAUCGACAUCCAUGACAGGAAAGCAAAGGCUUUGGCCAAGUGA